AUGUUAAUAGAUCGGGUACGCUCAAUAUGUCUUGGAGAGGGUUGUCACUACAAUCAAACAUAUUUGAUUAUUUUUCAGGUAAGUUUUACGCUUCUCAACUUUAAAAAAUUAUUUAAUGAGAGAAUCUCACACCUGAACAUGGUACUAUUGGAAGCGCAGAUUUCAUAUCAUAUGAUAAUUCAAAACUUUUGCACCAAACUCAAGAAUCUAUCGGACAAACGAGGCAAUUACAUUGGUGGCAUGGUGCAAACAUGCGAAAAUCUGGGAAAUCCAGCUAUAUUUCUGAUGCAGAUUGAUUAUUUCGAAAGCUUUCUUCUCAAGAAUACGCAGGAGAAAACCAUUAUGGUGUAUCUCGUCGACGAAAUUGAAGAAUUGCUCUGGUUUAUAUUCAGGUUUUAUGGUAGUUGUAAAAAGACAUUCACAAAUCUAGUCGCAUACUACACCUCGAAGUGUAGAAAUUGCAACAAGCAAAACAUUUAUGAGUACAUAAACCUUCUGUACAAAUGCCUGAACUUGAAAGUAACAAUAUUUUCAUAUCCUACGAACCAAAUCGAAACAAAUGAGUAUAUUUACAAAUUUUACCAUGAUCGAAACGUUGUUAUCGAGCAGUGUCUUCUGAGGUACAAGUUUGAAUUUCUUAAUCACAUGAGAUGCGUGGUUAAAACCACAGAAAUGCUAAAUAUUAUGAAAGAUAUUCAGAAAGACGUGCUUGACAUGUUUGGAGAGGAGAAUAGCUUACAAAGCCGUUUGUUUAUUGAGUAUGUGUUCGAGAACGUUUACUACGUAGUCAGAAACAACUACUUUUUGGAAACACUAGUAGCAUUUAUUUACCAAAUCAAAAAUAAUGUGGAAUUGGAAGACAUUCAACACCAAAUAUACACACUUUAUGAGACAGACCGUGUGUGCCACCAUAUUCAGGGUUUCUACCAGCAUGUUUUUGUUAAGAUUUAUGAAAAGUUUCAUCGCUUUUCAGUUCAAAGAAAAGAAUGUAUCCAGAGGGCAAACACAAGAUUGGAGAAAUGUAGAUCACUAGAUCUUGAUAGUAUUGAUGAUCAUAUGCCCUUUAAAUUGCUGAGCUCGCCGAAACGAAAGAGAACUGAUAACUUUUCACGUGUUAUUGCCUUUUCGCCUCUUGAAAAACGGUUGAGCACGGUGGCGAAGGGCACUUUGCACAAAAGUACCAGAAAGUUGGAUUUUAAUUGA